GAAGCAUAUUGUCUUGGAUAACGAGUCAAGAAAAAAGACUUAACUAAUGACCAUACAUAUUUCAUUUAAUGUGAUUAAACUGUAUUAUGGCAUUGCCUACUGCCUCAACACACAGCAGCAAAGAAACAAACCAUCUGGACUCUAUAUUGGAGGAUGGAAAACUAGAGAAAACAUUCCUAGAUUUCAGUGGGAAAACAACAGCACAUGGAUGUGGACAAAUAGCAAAAGCAAAGUAUAAGAUAUUAAAGCUUAUCUGGAUGGUCAUAUUUUUUGGAGCACUGUCAUUUGCUACAUACAGCUCUGGCAUAAUGUUUAUGAAGUACUAUAAAUAUCCAACGAAAGAUGUUGUUUCCCUUACCUAUGAUGAUUUGGAAUUUCCAUCAGUUACAUUUUGCAAUUUACAACCAUUUGCUCUAAGCAGUACAAUAACAUUUUCACCAGAUGAUAUCCUUGGGCCAAAUAACACACUGACUGCAUUGCUGCAAUUCAUGUUCAAUGUUAGAAGUAUUUUCAUCAAUCCUAACAAGCUAGGGCUUGGUGAUAUGUUCCAGAGAUAUUUAAAUAGGAUCAUAUCUUAUCAAUUUGUUUAUGAGAAUGUAAAUGCAUAUGAAACUGAGCCAUAUGUACAUGAUUUGAAAAAUUUCCUGAUCGGUUGUACUUUCAAAGGGGAGCAAUGUAACAGAAGCAUGUUUGUACUUCAGAAAGACAGCCACUAUCACAACUGCUACACUUUCAAUGGAAUUGGCUCUAAUAACUUCAACAAGAAUGUAUCCAAGACUGACCCAGGCUCAGGGCUAAGCUUAGUUGUCUUUACAGAUACAUAUACCGACACUUUAACAUCGGACCCAGGUGUUAUCUACAAUCCAUCAGACCCUACAAGCGGCAACAAUGGAAUCCGUGUGAUUGUACACAGUCCAAAAACCAGGCCUGCACCAGUGGAUAAAGGUUUUGAUGUCCCUAAUGGUUUUUCAACUACAGUAGCAUUGCGAGCCACUAGGAGAACGUUGCUUACAGAACCACAUGGUGAUUGCACAACUGACGCAUCAAAUAAAGGUACUGAGUAUCGUUACACCACUGACAUCUGCUAUGAGCAAUGUCAUCAGGACAUCAUCACUCAAAAAUGUGGAUGUAAGUCAUCUCAUUUUAUUCCUCCAAGAAAUGAGACAGGUUUUCAAUAUUGUGGAAAACUCAACAUAACAAACCUUCUUUCAGGAGAUGAUACGAGUAAAGAAAGUAUACUGGAGGAUUUCACACAUCUGGAAUGUGAGAAAAGUGUGAUUGAUACAUUCUGGUCUAAUGUUACGAUGGUCUCUAAAUGUAACUGUCGACCACCUUGUAACAGUACAUACUAUAUUAAGACAACAUCACAAGCUGUAUGGCCAAAUGAAUUCACACAACAAAGUUUCUACAAAACCUAUGUGAAUAUCACUGACUCAACUGCACGUCCAAAUAUUCUAUUCCAAGGUCUCACCCCUAAAGAGAUCAAAGAUAGAGGACUCAUUCAGAAAAACUUUCUGAGGUUAAACAUCUAUUUUGAAGAUUUACAAGUAGAAGAAACAUCCCAAGAGGCUGAUUACCCAAUCACACAAGUGAUAUCAGACAUUGGAGGGAACAUGGGAUUUUAUGUGGGCGUCUCUGUCAUUACACUAGUGGAGUUCCUCUCCCUUAUUGGAGCCCUUCUCCUCAUCUUCUUUAAGAGUUGCAUCAAGGCAGGUGGGAAACUUAGGGAAGCCAAAGUAUCAGAUGUGAACAUUCAACCUGCACAUUCCCUUGAGAAUAAACUAGGGGCUCAAUACACAUAUGAAUAUAAAAGCUACAAUGAUAUGAUAUCCAGAUAAAAAUGGUAUGAAAAGUGGGGAUACACAGAACAAAAUAUCAUGACAAUAGACAUGAUAGAUGAUGGCAAAUACAGUCAGUAAAAUGUGCAUAGCGUAUGGAAUGACUUUUACAUUUUUGGUGAAAUUGUUCCAUUAUAAUGAAAUAAGAUGUUCCUUAUAGAGAGGAUUCAUAUUUC